AUGACCCUGGUACAUAUUGAGCUCGCAGGUCGCGGACGGCUGCGUGGACUUACACCAGACCGAGCCCGUGUGAAAGUGCGCGCAUCGGGAGCGGACUGGAGAGCUCCGGAGCUGUCCACUGUCAGUGCUGAAGCCUGGAGCCUGGAGCCUGGAGCCUAUCCACACAAGCAGAACACGCGUGGCGCUGGGACCACACUCGCGCUGCUCGCUGCGGUCCACAUCCCCGCCGCUCCUCCGCUGUCUGUGCUGUUUGGACGCUGUCCCGCUUCAUUCUCUACUUAUACCACGCUCCUCUUCCCUGUUUGUUUCGCUGAGAGCCAGCCCUCUGGAUCCUCCUCCCCUGCUGACGUAUACGAGCCUUAA